UUGGUUACGGCCAAAGUAACCAACCACCAUACUCGACUGACGCGUUUCGUUUGCCUCGAUUGUGCGCGUCGUUCUUUCAUUGACUUCUUUCAAACUCUUGCGGAAAUAAGUUUUGUUAGUUUCAAAGUUUACAAAUACUUAUUAAUCAGAUACUUUAUGCCUUACAAUGGGACUAGUACAAACUGCACUUCGGAUUUAUUGUUUGAGUGACUCUUGGGAGCAAGUUCUAUGCAAUUAUGACUAGUGUACAAAGUUGAGUGAACUUGUGAGUAAUACAGUGUCCAUUAUGCUUAGAGGUGGGUUAAGCUAAAUCCUACAGGUGUGCUGCUGUUCGCAUUGUUGUGGUAUUCAAAUCCUAGCAACCAUUCUAUGAUGAAGUUAUGUUGUGUCAAGUUGAAUUAUCGGUGUUGUCGGAGGAAGUGUAACCAGCAAACAUGUAAAAGUGACUACAUAUAGUAUAGUAUAACUUAAAAACUUGUAGAAUAACGUAAUAGUGGUCUUCACUGAAGAAAAAGAAACUGGACAUUCUACAUGUGAUGGAAGAAUUAGAACGGUUAUUCAAAAUGUAUUCGACCAAACUUUGGGGCGCUUUCGUGUUAUGCUUCAUCUGCAUUCAAUUGGCGUCUGCAGCUGACAGUACAGUACAAAUGCAGCCGCCACGAUUCAGCAUGCAGCCAUCAUCCUCAAACAGCAUAGUCAGAGAAGGCACCACCAAAAUAUUGCAGUGUUCUGCACACGGGAUUCCUCAACCAGUAUAUAGAUGGCUGAAGAACGGUAUACCAUUAGGAGAAUAUUCAUCAGAGCUCUUUUACAAGAUCCUCAAUACCCAACGUGAUGAUGCAGGAGCAUAUCAGUGCAUAGCCAAAAAUGACGUCGGCGCCAUAUUCAGCGAAAAAAACAAUAUUGUCGUUGCGUAUAUGGGCGUAUUUGGAAACAUAGAACAAGAUGUAGUAGUUGUCGAAUCCGGCAGAGCUGCAAUUCUUGAUUUUCCUUAUAUUGAAUCUGAGCCACCUCCUUCAGUGGUAUGGCAAGAUCAAAAUGGAGCUCUUCGUUACGAUCAAAAAUAUGCACUUACGCCACAACAUCAACUCGUCAUUCUAUCAGCUUCGAAUGAAGACGAAAGGCCAUACAGAGUUCGGGCGAUAAACACGCAACUAGGAAAAGUAGAGAACAGCCCUUACAUUAAAUUAACUGUAUAUGGUGACGACGAUAAAGAAAUACCACCAGAAAUUAUAAUUAAACCACAAGACACCAAAAUCACAAAAGGCCAAGAAAUUGUAAACUUAUAUUGCAUAGCUAAUGCCAGGCCUCUGCACGAAUUAGAAACACUUUGGUUUAAAGAUGGCAUUUUAAUAGAUCUGGCCGGCGUCACUUACGAUUUACAAGACCAAUGGAACAGAACCUUGAGCUUAAUUUCAGCUAAUUUAAGUCAUACAGGUCAAUACACAUGCCAGGCGAGAUUAAAAACGGGAGGAUUCGCAACCGUCACGGCUUCUGCCGCCGUCACUGUAAUUGAGAAGCCGGUGUUUACGACCACUUUAAAAUCCGAAACGUUUGGUGAAUUUGGUAGUACCAUAGUAUUAGAAUGCAACGUGCAAGGAAUUCCGUUGCCGGGCAUUACCUGGUAUAAAGAUUCAAGAAAAAUUUGGAGCGUCGGCGCAGAAACCGAAGAAACGGACAACUCCGAUGUGGACGACGGGGGACGACGUUACCGUGUCGAGGUAGACCGCUCCCUCGUCAUCAGCGACCUAAAAAUGGACGAUAUGGGUAUCUUCCAGUGUAUCGCCAGCAAUGAAGCUGGCGAAUCAUCCAUUUAUACAUGGCUAAAAAUAAAAACUAAACAACAUAUUCGCGUACCGCGCAGUCAGAUGAAGUUAAUAAGAGUGAGGACUGCGGAUAAAAAGGCAAAAACGUUCAAAUUCGAUACUGGCACGUCCCCGCCAGUAAUGCAGAGCCCGCCAGCCAACCUUACCGUGCUGGACGGCAAAGACGCCACCAUCGCGUGCCGGGCCAUAGGCGCGCCCACUCCCAACGUUACUUGGUACUUCAACGACUCCCUGAUUAUAAAUCUGUCGGCGAGAUUGCAAGCGUUAGAGCACGGAGACCUGCUCAUUACCAGCACAACUACGGCCGACACCGGCAAAUACACCUGCGUGCGCGCCAACGACGCGGGCAGCGUUUCCGGGGAAGCCUACUUAACUGUACUAGUGAGAACGCAGAUUAUUGCACCCCCGGUGGACACGCGCGUUUUGCUCGGCCACACGGCUACUUUACAGUGCAAGGUUUCAAAUGACCCCAACGUGAAAUACAAUAUCGACUGGUUCCAUAAUAAUCAGCCUAUGACAGCCGGUUCCCGGGUGUGGGUCGCGGCAGAUGGCUCGCUGCAAGUGCAAGCCGUGCGCGCCAGUGACGCGGGCGAGUACUCGUGCGUCGUGACGUCACCCGGCGGGAACCACACGCGGAAAGCUGUGCUGUCCGUUAUUGAACUACCCUUCGCCCCGACUAAUGUCAGGGCCGUCAGAUUAGAUGCAACGACGCAAAGAGCUAUUAACGUUUCGUGGACGCCAGGCUUCGAUGGGAACUCGCCGAUACAGAAGUUCAUUGUGCAGAGGCGUGUUGUGCCGGAAUUUGGUCCUACUCCAGAUCCUCUGUUAAACUGGGUAACUGAACCGUCAAACGUCUCGGCGAAUCAACGAUGGGUUCUCCUGACCAGCUUGAAAGCGGCUACUUCUUACCAAUUCAGAGUUUCAGCCGUGAAUACUGUGGGCGAAGGCCCCGCCUCCGACCCCACGGACGUUUUAACAUUACCACAAGAAGCUCCCUCCGGCCCACCUAUUGGUUUUAUGGGCUCGGCUCGAUCAUCUUCGGAAAUCAUCACCCAAUGGCAGCCGCCUCUAGAAGAACAUCGCAAUGGCCACAUCCUCGGUUACGUCAUCCGAUACAGACUUCGCGGCUACGACAACAGCCCCUGGACUAACCAAAACAUCACCAACGAGGCCCAAAGGAACUAUCUGAUCCAAGACCUGAUCACCUGGAAAGAUUACAACGUUCAAAUAGCGGCUUACAAUGAUAAAGGUGUGGGUGUGUUCACUGAUAGUUACACUAUCAAAACAAAGGAAGGUGUGCCAGAAGCCGCUCCUGACAGUGUUCGCUGUGAAGCUUCCAACUCUACCUCCAUCGCUGUUUGGUGGACUCCGCCGAAUCCGCAAAAGAUAAAUGGAAUCAACCAGGGUUACAAAAUCCAAGCGUGGCGAUGGGACGAACUAGAAGCAGAUAACACUGAACAAAAGCUCGUCAGUGUUCCGCCAAAUCUUUUGGAUCCGCUGACCGAACAAACGGCCAUCAUUAGUGGACUUGAAAAGUUCACGGACUACAACAUAUCGGUGCUAUGUUUCACUGAACCAGGGGAUGGACCUCGAAGCGAGUUUGUUCUGGUCAGAACCAAUGAGGACAUUCCGGAUGAAGUAGCGAACCUACAAUUUGAUGAUAUUUCUGACCGCGCCGUGCGCGUAUCGUGGAUGCCGCCGAAGAAAUCCAACGGAAUUCUAAUGGGAUACAGGCUCUCUUACCAAGUGAAAGAUGACAAAACAACGGCUAUUAACGAAACACUACCGGCCAACAUUACCAGCAUACGAGUCGAAAAUUUACAGGCAAGCACACACUACAAGUUCUGGCUGUGCGCGCUGACGGGCGUCGGCGAAGGACCGGCGCGCUCCGCGGUCAUUCAGUCGGGGGUCGAGCCCGUGCUGCCGGACGCGCCACGCAACCUGGCGCUGUCCAACAUCGGCGCCUUCUCCGUGCUGCUGCAGUUCACGCCCGGUUUCGACGGCAACUCUUCCAUCUCGCUCUGGACCGUGCAGGCACAAACAGCACGCAACUCAUCCUGGAUAACAGUAUUCGAAGCAAACGCCCCAGACGCCCAGUCCAUACUCGUGACCGGACUGGUGCCGUUCACCACGUACCGGCUACGCGUAAUAGCGACCAACGUCGUCGGGACUUCACCGCCUUCUGAACCGUGCAAAGAGUUCCAAACCAUCCAAGCACCUCCGCAGCACCCGCCGAGGAAUGUGACUGUACGGGCAGUGAGCGCUAAUAAUCUCCGCGUCAGGUGGAUCCCGUUACAGCAAAGCGAAUGGUACGGCAAUCCAAAAGGUUACAACAUAACUUACAAGCAAAGCGGCACUAACGAGACACUGUUCAACAUCAUAGAGGACCACACGGCCAACUCCCACAUACUGUCCAACCUCGAGGAGUGGUCCGUGUACGAGAUACAGAUGACUGCCAUCAACGAGGUCGGCAUUUCUACUGAGAGCCCGAUGGCCACCGAAAGGACUAGAGAAGCCGUACCAUCUUCCGGACCAGAUCAUGUAUCAGCUAACGCGACUUCAUCUACAACAGUAGUUGUACUAUGGGGUGACAUCCCAGCUAAAGAUCAAAACGGUCUGAUCGAAGGAUACAAAGUUUGCUACGCGGCCAUAGUGCCACCUCCUAGGCCCGACCAUCAAAAAGUGGAAUGCCAAUCCAUACCCUCCAACCAAACGCAUACUAUCACACUAACGGAACUGCGUAAAUAUGUUGUGUAUCAGAUACAAGUACUGGGAUACACUAGAUUGGGAGAUGGAGCGCUUAGCGAUCCUCCUGUUACGGUGCGGACGUUCGAUGACACUCCCGGCCCACCUUCCAAUGUGUCUUUCCCCGACGUGACCUUUACGACCGCUCGUAUCAUUUGGGACGUUCCGGAAGAUCCCAACGGAGAAAUAUUGGCGUACAGAGUUUCGUACCACCUCAACAGCUCGACGCAGCAACAGUUUUCAAGAGAAUUCCUACCGUCAGACAGAACAUUUAGGGCUACAGAGCUGCAGUCAGAGAAGUACUACCAGUUCUCAGUGACAGCACAAACGCGGCUCGGCUGGGGCGGCACCGCGCGCGCCCUGGUGCUGACCACAGUGAACCGCGCCGCGCCCGCGCCGCCCGCUCGGCCCAAUGUGGCGCGCUCUCUGCUGCAGCCGCACCACAUCACCUUCUCGUGGACGCCUGGCAGCGACGGCUAUGCGCCGCUACGCUAUUACACAGUACAACAAAAAGAAGAAGGCGCCACAUGGCAGACGAUUCCCGAGCGCGUGGACCCGUUCGCGACGUCGUACACCGUGGAAGGGCUUAAGCCGUACACGGCCUAUCAGUUCCGCAUACGGGCCACCAACGACAUCGGGCCCAGUCGCUAUAGCAACGCCACUGAAACCGUCCGCACUCUGCCUGCAGCACCAAGCAAAGCCAUAGAAAAACUCCACGUGGUCCCGAUAACGCCAAGUAGCGUUCGAGUGCAAUGGACUCCGCUUACCGAACAAUACUUUAGCGGCGACACGCAGACCGGCGGCUACCGGGUCUAUUACCAGCCCCUGACUGACUUCCCCACACCUCUCCAUCAUACUAUGAAACAAGAAGUGCCCGGCAUUAAGAGCGAAGAAGUAGUACUAACGGAUCUGGCAGUGGACCGCAACUACGAGAUCAGCGUGUGCGCGGUGAACUCGCAGGGGCUGGGCCCUAGCGGCACGCCGGCGGUGGUGUGGGUGGGCGAGGCCGUGCCGACCGCGCCGCCGCGGGGCGUGAGCGCCGAGCCGCUGUCGCCCACCGAGGUGGCGCUCGCCUGGCAGCCGCCGCUGCAGGCGCAGCAGAACGGCGACCUGCUGGGGUACAAGAUCUUCUACUUAAUGACCGAGUCUCCCGAAGAGCCCGAGCCGGGCCGCAAGGCCGAAGAAGAAAUAGAGGUCGUAGCUGCGACCGCCACAUCUCAUUCACUAGUCUUCCUAGAUAAGUUCACGCAGUAUCGUAUUCAGGUCCUCGCAUUCAACCCGGCCGGCGACGGGCCGCGUUCCAGCUCUAUCCUCGUACGAACGCACCAAGGCCUGCCAACGGCGCCGCGCAACAUCACCUUCACCGACAUCACGAUGAACAGCCUCGUCGUGUCCUGGGAGGCACCGUACCGUCGGAACGGCCUUAUACAGUCGUAUCUAGUCACUUAUGAAACCAUCGAGCAGGACGAACAACUGAGCAAGCAAGUGAAGCAAAAAGUGGGCGAGCGUCGGCUCGCCGUGGGCGGGCUGGAGGAGGAGGUGGAGUACCGGCUGUCGGUGCGCGCCGUGACGCUGGGCGCGGGGCCGGCGGGCGAGGCGCGCGUGCGCACGGGCCCGCAGCCCGGCUCGCCCGCCACGCCGCGCGGCCUGCUGCUGGCGCCGCUGCCCGCCGCGCUGCAUCUCGCCUGGACCAACGCCGCCUCGGGCCGCGGACCGCUGCUCGGAUACUACAUCGAGGCCAGGAAGAAAGAUGAUACGAGAUGGGAAACGAUCACAAGAACGAGCAACGGAAUGUUAGAAGAAUUCACGAUAUCGUAUCAAAGCCUGCUACCCUCCACUGCCUACAAUUUCCGAGUGAUAGCAUACAACAUGUACGGAAUCAGCAACCCGGCGUACAACGAGAAAGUAAUAGUGACCCCGUCGAAGCUGUACUUGGAGUACGGGUAUCUGCAGUACCCGCCGGUCUAUCGCCGCACGUGGUUCGUGGUCGCGUUGGCGGCCGCUUCUGUGGUCAUCAUUAUUAUGGUGAUAGCCAUACUCUGCGUGAAGAGCAAGAGCUACAAAUACAAAAAGGAAGCGCAGAAGACCCUGGAGGAGUCGCUGGCGGGUUCGACGGACGAGCGCGGGUCGCUGGCGCUGGAGCUGUACCGCUCGCGCGCCAACUCGGCCACGUCGGCGGCGCUGGGCGCGGGCACGCUGCGCCGCAAGCAGGCGCCGCAGCUGGGCAAGUCGCCGCCGCGGCCCUCGCCCGCCUCCGUGGCCUACCACAGCGACGAGGAGAGCCUGCGCGCCUACGACGAGAACCCAGACGACUCCUCGCUCACCGAGAAACCCUCCGAAAUAAGCUCCUCCGACUCACAGAAUUCCGAGAGCGAUAACGAAAGCGUUAGAUCGGAGCCGCACUCGUUCGUGAAUCACUACGCGAACGUGAACGACACGCUCCGGCAGUCGUGGAAGCGGCAGCGGCCCGUGCGCAACUACUCCAGCUACACGGACUCGGAGCCCGAGGGCAGCGCCGUGGUCAGCCUCAACGGCGGCCAGAUCGUCAUGAACAACAUGGCGCGCUCCCGGGCGCCGCUGCCAGGCUUCUCCUCCUUCGUAUGACGGCGGUCGUGCGACCUGCUCCAACCUGCGCCCACCGUACACAUAUAAUG